AUGAAAAUGAAUUAAUUAAUAGUGGAGAGAGAAAGUGAUAAUAUUCGUAAAAUGAGUCGUCUUGCUAUCUUUAAUCAAAAAAGGUUCUGGCUAAAAGAAGAAGAAAAGUAAUAAACAGAGGAAAUAGAGAUAGAAUUCAAUAAACUUAAACUUGAAGAACCCCCUUUAAAACUAGAAUAAUAAAACCUGCGAAAAUUUUGCAAGAAUUUUUAAAGUUUUGAAUAUUAUAAUGGGGAUUCCAUUUGUAUAAAUGACUACUUUAUUCGUAUUCUACCUGUUGGAUAAAGAUGUAUUGUUAGCAGUCAUCAAGGUGUCACAGUAUUAAAAACUAUCAAUGGUCUAAAAUAUAAAUUUUCAUCAUCACUUCCUGGAGGUAUUAGUUAAAAUAAUCAAUUUAAUAGGAAGUUAAAAGACUUUAAUAGGUAGAUGUAUUUUAGAUUGUUUUCUAAGUGCAAAUACAGUUUAUAUUUAUGACAUUUUAUAAUGGGGUAAAAUGGAUAUGAGUGAUUAAGUUGCAGAACUUAGAUAUUUUUGGAUUAAAGGACACAUUCUUAGUCAAUUACGUUAAGAUUAAGAAUAAUAGGAUUAUAAUUUUGAAUGGAUUCCUGUUAUCCCAUCAAUUACUGAAUUAUAAAAAACUCUCUUCCCUUAUACUAAAAAUGGUUUAUUAUUCAUACGCAAAGAUUCUUAUUAUUAUGCAGGAGUCAAUCCUGAAUGUUUCAUUUAUUAAGAUGAAUUCACAGAUGAAAAUUUUAAAGAAGAAUGCAUCAAAUAUAAAUUAGAUAAUUCAAUUACCUUAACUCUUAGUCUAUUUUAAAAUCAAUUAUAAACUAGAGAUGGUUAUUUUAUAGCUACAUCUAAAAGUACCAAAAAUACAAAAGUGAUUGUUGAUGCAAAAAUUAAAAUUACUGAUAAAGAAUUGAUCUUACUUGAUAUUAAAGAUCCAUCCAAAUUUUUGGAAGAUCCCUAUUCUAAAAUAAUGUUCUGGAAGUUGUUACCUCGUUUAAGGAUACAAUGA